AUGGACCUCUUCUCACGGCGUCGUCUCAAAGAACUCGACCUGCAAACCGCCGACUGCUUCGACUGCCACGACGCAUUCGGCUACGGAAAUUUCCAGCGAGGAAUGCUGCUCGUGGCAGUUCUCUCCUCGUUCGUCAUGAACUGCCACGCGAUCGCGUUCGCACUGAUCUCAGAAGACGUGGACCACUGGUGCCGGCGGCCACCUGGGCUGAACAUGUCCACCGCCGAUUGGAAGAGCGCGGCCAUCCCGGUGGAAGCCGACGGGCGGUUCAGCCGAUGCCUGGUCUACUCGAACAGGGGCGACGGCAACGACACCGCGGCAGUCGAGUGCGACGCCUGGGACUACGACGCUGAGCGCGCGCCCACCACCACAGUGAGCCGCUGGAACCUGGUCUGCCACCGGCGCUGGCUCAACACCGUCGCCAACAUAGUGUACAGUGCAGGCUCGCCGAUUCUCGUGAUCGCGGCGGGGCACAUGGCCGACCGCGGCGGUCGCAAGCCGGUCCUGUGGGUCUCGGUCUCAAUGCUGCUGACCAUAUCGUUCGCGGGCUGCUUCGCCGACACCUACAGCAUGUACCUUUCGACCAGGUUCCUCGCGGCCGGUUUCGGCGCGACCAACGUGGCCGUCAGCCUCGUGAUGCUUUUCGAAGGGUCUGGCUACAGCGACCGAGUCUUGAUGACCACCUUCGCCUCGUCAUUCCCGUUCCUGCUGUCCGAUAUGUGGUCUCAGCUGCUUCGGCUGAGCUCGGUUCAUCUGGCUUCAGCGCGCGUCAGCUGGUUUCUGCUGCAGGUCGUCCUCCUGGCACCCACUCUACUCCUCGUGGUCGCGUUCGCCAUCACCCAGGAGUCGCCACGAUGGCUCAUCGCCAAGCGGGACCUGCAGGGAGCCGGCGUCGCCAUGUUGUCCGCGGCCGAGGUCAACAAUUUCGAGCCGUUCAGCAUCGACUGGCUGAUGAACAUGUUGAAAGUCGAGGCUGUCAGGAACGACGCCAUGAAGAAAGUCUACACACCGUCCAGCUCCCCCGGAGGCGACAUGCGGCGGCGCGCCUUGGUUGCGCUCGCGACGCAAGCCGUGAUCACUUUCGCCGCCCACGUGUUUCUCCUCUCGUCGGCAGCGACGAGCGUGAGACACCUCUGGUGGGCCUCGACCGGCGCCACGAUGUUGAGCUACGCGAUUCUAUACGUCCUCGCAGCGCGGGCGGUCGCCAUGACGCAGCUCCUUAGGGUCAGCCUCGUGACUCUGAUACUCUUGGCGUGCUGCAUGAGCGUCAGUGCCACGGCGGCCAGUCUGGCUCCGCUUUUGGCGGCGAUAUUCAUCGCGGCCAAGACGAUCGCCUACUUGGCAAUCGUCGUGCACGCAGUGUACGUCGUCGAGGCGUUCCCCACACCAGUGCGAGUCACGGCGUUGGCUUGGGUGUCGGCCUGCGGCCGCGUAGGUGCCAUCGCCGCAUACCCGACGUCCGGGCUUCGAGACGUGGGCCGCGAAGAUGUGAGCCUGGCCAUAGUGGCGUCCUUGUUGUUCGCCACGCUGAUGGCGUUUCGCGCGUUGCCUGCGGGGCAACCGUCCCAGAAAAUGGUAUCUCGCAGACCCUCGAUGACGAGCAAAGCGAGCACUGAAAUCGUGAAGCUCGUGGCUCGCAGGUCCUCGACGUCCAGCAACCCAACCAUUGACGUCAUGAAGGAGUCCUUGGAGCUGCCGCUGCCACCGAGCCGCAAGACUUCCAAGAGUCGUUCCUGCUCAACGAGCUCCAAGUCAAGUCUUUUCUUCCCGCCAGGGAAGGCGCAGCACGGACUCAGCUGA